UUUUAACUGAUCACUUGUUUAAUAAUAUAGACAUUUUGAUAAGUUUAUGCACCCGCGGGGAAGAGGACCGUUGACCUCUUCUUUGGGAUUUCUUCCUCCAAUUUUUGGAUCCAAAACUCUGCAAGUACUCAAGCACCAUGAGGACAAGGAGAGUAUUUGGGAGUUCUCUUUCCCUAAUCAUCAUCAAUAUGGCAGCUAUAAUGGAACGCGCUGAUGAAAAUCUCCUACCAGCUGUUUACAAAGAAGUCAGUGAAACAUUCAAGGCUGGUCCAUCUGAUCUUGGUUAUCUCACAUUCAUAAGGAAUUUCGUCCAGGGGAUUUCAUCGCCAGUGGCAGGUAUUUUAGUCAUAAAUUAUGACCGUCCCACUGUUCUUGCUAUUGGUAUCUUGUUCUGGUCUCUAUCAACUGGUGCAAUCGGCGCUAGUAAGUAUUUUAUGCAGGUUGGAUUUUGGAGGGCAGUAAAUGGAUUUGGACUUGCAAUUGUGAUACCUGCACUCCAGUCAUUUAUAGCAGAUAGCUAUAUGGAUGAAUCCAGAGGAACUGGAUUUGGGUUUCUUAGUCUUGUUGGAACUGUCGGUGGGAUAGGAGGUGGAGCUAUUGCUACUGUUAUGGCUGGCUAUAAAUUCUGGGGCAUUCCUGGAUGGCGCUUUGCAUUCGUCAUGAUGGCAACUUUCAAUUUUAUUGCAUUUCUAGUCUUUACAUUUGUUGUUGAUCCAAGAAAAAGAGCCGGCAUAGAGCAUGAUAAUAUGAAAAACAGUACUGACAGGGAGGACUUGAUAGAGAAGGGAAAUACCAAUUCAAUGUCGAUUUGGAUGGAAUCCUGGACAGCAAUGAAAGCUGUCAUGAAAGUAAAAACAUUUCAGUUCAUUGUUUUGCAGGGUUUGGUUGGGUCCUUACCUUGGACAGCCAUGGUUUUCUUUACAUUGUGGUUUGAACUAAUUGGUUUUGAUCACAACAGUGCAGCAGCACUUGUCAGCCUAUUUGCUGCAGGAUGUGCGAUAGGAUCCUUUUUAGGUGGUGUAGUUGCAGAUAGAAUAUCUCACACGUACCCUCAUUCAGGGCGUAUCAUGUGUGCACAAUUUAGUGCUUUUAUGGGCAUCCCAUACUCAUGGGUCCUUCUUCGAAUUGUCCCUCAGUCUGUGAGUAGCUACUAUACAUUUGCUGUGACAUUAUUCCUGAUGGGGCUAACAAUCAGCUGGAAUUCUACCGCUUCAAAUGGUCCCAUGUUUGCAGAAGUUGUGCCUUCAAAACACAGGACCAUGAUUUAUGCAUUUGAUCGCGCCUUUGAGGUCUCAUUUUCUUCCUUUGCAGCUCCAGUUGUAGGAAUUCUCGCGGAGAAGCUAUAUGGUUAUGAUACCAAGUCUAUUGAUCCGGUGUUAGGAUCUGCAAAAGAGGCCUUAGCAUUGUCAAAAGGCCUCUUUUCAAUGAUGGCCCUGCCUUUUGGCUUGUGUACCUUUUUUUAUACCCCGUUGUAUUGGACAUUCAAGCAGGAUCGCGAGAAUGCAAGAAUAGCCAGCAUAAAAGAAACAGAGAUGAUAUGACAAUCACACUUCUUUA